AUGUCAGGUCCAGGCCAGGCUCUUAUGUCCGAGCCCGCUAACCUCGAACGGAAUGAGGACGGAAAACGGCUUAACAGAGCUGACCUUUUUCCAAAGACGCACAGCCAGGGUCCAAACGCUGAGCCGGAAAUUACGCGUCGGUCUCCACUUUCGACACGGCUGCAGGGUGGCGGUGCGUUGGGUGCUCAGCCAGGGCGAAACAAAGCUUGCGUGGCCACACGCUCGGAAUUGCUUGGCGGUUGGCCAUUUAAGCUUCCGGGCAUGGCGAUGUCCAUGCCGGAACGUUCAACAGGUCCGAUGAUGUUCAUCGGCGAGCGCUGCGCGUUCGAUGAAUGCCAUCGCGAAGACUUCCUCCCCUUCAAGUGUGGCGACUGCCGCCAGCACUACUGCUCGAACCACUUCCGUCCGCAGGCGCAUCGCUGUUCUCAUUAUGACGAUAAGGAUCUCGACUAUCGUGUGCCGCUGUGUCCGAUCUGUGACCAGCCUCCGCAGGGAUGGCAGCGCGACCAGGAUCCUAACAUUGCCAUGGACCGUCAUCUCUCCGGCCAAUGUCCCAUGCUCGACAGCAACGGCCAUCUCAAGUCAGGCGCUUCUUCUCCCGCUGCGCUCAAGAUGAAGAGAGCCAAGAAGGCCAACGAAUGCUCGUUCGUCAAGUGCUCCAAGAUCAUGGUCGUUCCCAUCCAGUGCCCACAGUGCGCCGCAUGCUUCUGCCCCUCUCAUCGGGCACCCAACCAGCACAGCUGUCAGCAUUCAUCAUCCUCCUCUCCAGCCGCAUCCUCGACUCGUAUCGCCUCCGCGGCUCCAGCAACAAGCGGCAUCAAGAGCGCGUUCCAGAACCUCAAGAUCAGCACACCGCAGCUCGGAUCCAGCAGCACGCCCUCCAAGAGCACCGGCUCGAAACCGCCCGCCACAGCGCCAAAGUCGACCGCCGCAACCUCGACCUCGCAACCGUUUGGAAAGAUGUUUGACAAGUCAGAAAAGCGUGCGAAAGCAGAGCGGAUGUCCGCCAUCCGCGCCAUGCAGGCGCGCCAGCGCAAGGGCAUCCUAUCCGAUGCAGACACCGUCAGGCUCGCCGAAGAAAUGGCAGCCCUGUCCAAGACCGAGAGAAUCAAGGCUUCGGAUUCGGAUUGCUCCGUCAUGUGA